UUAAAAUUUUUGAAAUAAAAGGCUUUCCAUCCUUAUCGGAGUUUUCAAUCUAAGUAAAAAGUUUAUUCCUUGAUUUGAAGUUUCUUUGCCCUGGGAAUCACUGUUAGCGAAUUGCGCGUUAAAUGGAGAAUUUGUCUAAUUUUUUGCUCUCAAUGCAUUCAUUGUAGGAAGCAGAACAUAAUCCAACAAAGCAAAUUGCAAAUGGCUGCUGCGGCUAGCAUCACGGACUCUGUUUCGGAAACAAACCCGAAACCUCAAACCGUAUACCGGUGCAAGAAGUGCCGGAGAAUCGUUGCUGCGGAGGAGAACAUAGUUGCCCACGAGCGCGGGAAGGGAGAAAUCUGUUUCAAUUGGAAAAAGAGGAGUGUUAACAUGGAAGAACCAGCUGAAUGCACCUCCAUAUUUGUUGAGCCCAUGAAAUGGAUGGAAGCAGUUCAAGAAGGUCAUAUGGAAGAAAAGCUUCAGUGCAUGGGCUGCAAAGCUCGCUUGGGUUACUUCAAUUGGGCAGGUAUGCAGUGCAACUGUGGAGCUUGGAUCAAUCCUGCUUUUCAACUGCACAAAAGCCGACUGGACGAGUGCCGUUCAUGAGACAAUUAGUAAGUAGUAUUAAUUGGAUAGUAGGGUAACUAGAAGGGCCAGUAAUCACACUGGUGAACUCAAUUUGGGAUUGUUUUAUAGAAGUUUUAUUAACAUCUUGAAUGGUUGAUGUAGUAGAUUUGCCAAUUCUAAAUCACAAUUUUAUAUACAACU